ACAUGCAGGAAGUUUUUCUAUUGCUCUCCACUAACAUGAUGCCUUAGCCUGAGGAUGUAAAUGCAGAAGACUCAUCGGAUUACCUCCUCACAAUAUACAAUAAAACAGGUGUUGCCUUUUCUUACGUAGUCAAUUUCAAAGCAUAUUUCACAGUAAUUUAACAACCAGAACCCCAUACCAGAGUCAUUUCUAUCCCAACUUCCCACCAUCUACUUACCUGUUGUUAUGGAUAAAUCCAUGAAGUUUGUUGCGCUCAUUUUGUGGGGGAUCCUCACCUUGACCAUUUCUCAAGAACUAUCAGAACCAAAUGCCAGUGUUCAAAAUACAAGAAAACCAGGCGGAUGUCCUGAAGCAGAGAAUGAAUAUCCCAUCUACUCUACAUGCUCUGAUCUGUGCAAGGAUGAAGGCAACUGUAUGAUUCAAUCCUGUGUCUCUGACUCCAGUUGUGAAGGAAGCCUAAAAUGUUGUAAAACAAAAUGUGGGGCAGAAUGUCUUCCACCAGUCUUUAGAAGCCCAUGUCAAAACAACUUUGACUGCCCACUGACAUUGAAGUGCUGCAGUGGUGUAUGUGACAAUGACUGUGUGUAUCAGCCCAGAAUACCUUAUCCCACUAACUAAAGAGAACAGCCCUCCU